ACACAACAGUUAUCAUCCAGAUGACGGCUGAAGAAAACCUGGAUAGGCUUCAACAGGUUGUACUGUUCGACAGAGCUGGCACUGAGAUAAUCGCAUCCCCACUGCAGUCAAGGGCCGGUAUUUCUGGGACGAAAUACUCGGCUACUAUUUUACUGUCAUCUCAGUCGUUCCGGAUAGGCGUAAAGGGGACCGAUAGAAAUAACUUUACGUUACAAAGGAUAGAUAUGGCAUGGAUUCAGCCACAGUACUUCUCGGUGGAAACAUUGCCUGGUACACAAGGCCAGCUAUUUCCAGGAGGCCAACUCACCGUCCCUGUUCUCAUCAUGAAUCAUGGGAACUUAAACGUCUUCAGACUGAAUGUUAGUGACGAUGCUGGCCUGGUGCGCGGAGUGGAGCCAGCUGUUGUCAGUCUGCCAUUUGGCGAGAACACGACUGUGCUUGUAACAUUCGCGGCUCCGGCAAACUCUUCAAUCGGAAGCACAAGCAUCACCACUUUACUGGUCUCUGGAGACGAUGGAUCAUUCAACUCCAUUGUACUCAGGGUUUCUGUGGAAGCAAGAUCAACAGAUGUCCCCGAUUUUGUACCACCAUCCUGUAUCAUCCAAGACAUCUCUAAGAACUGCUCUUUGGAACAACAGCAUCUGUCUAUAUGCGGGAACUACAACUGGUCGACGCCAGGCGCCAUCGUCAACAAUGAUGCUUCAGACAUCGCCUCCAUCGUGGUGGGGUCGGUUCUUGGCUCUGUCGUGCUCAUCCUGAUCAUACUACAUGCUGUGGUUUCUUUUUCAGUGUCAUGGUAUCGAAGACGCGGUCAGAAGAAGGUAGCACAUGCUCAGUAUAGAGUCAAUGAAGUCGAUAUAAGCCAGAUCGACUGA